UGCUUUAACGGCUGUUUCUCUUUCUCUCCCUUUCUGAGGAGUGGCAUAUCUGAAAAGUGGAUGUUCAGGAUAACAUGUCCAAUGUGUCGGAAGAGAGAAACACUAGACAGCAGGACAUUAAGAAAGGACUCCAGUUUAUAGAAUCUACUUUGCCCUAUCCAGGGACGCAAGAACAAUAUGAGUUAUUUAUACGGGAGCUUGUUAGAAAUCUUUUUAAUGAAGGGAAUGAUGUAUAUCGAGAAGGUGAUUGGAGAGGAUCACUGAGUCACUAUACAGAAGCUAUAAACAUAGCUGAUUAUGCUAAUUCUGAAGAAAUUCAUGUUUCUGAUGAUAUUUUAGAGAAGCUGCACGUGAACAGGAUAGCAUGUUUCUCAAAUAUGGGAAUGCAUGAAAAAGUUCUAGAAGACUGUGAGAUAGCAUUAAGAUUGAAUGAGAACAAUUUCAGGGCUCUCUAUCGGAAAGCAAAAGCUCUGAAUGAACUGGGAAGGUAUAAGAAGGCUUAUGAUGCUGUAGCAAAAUGUUCUCUUGCUGUGCCGCAGGAUGAAAGUGUGAUUAAGCUUACCCAAGAACUAGCUCAAAAACUAGGGUUAAAAAUAAGGAAAGCGUAUGUAAGAGCAAAGCCGCCCUCCUCAAAUUCAGUUUCUAGCGAUCUAUCAACUCAGGUAAUUUCUUCUGUAGAAGAUAUUGAGUUAGAUUUAUCCGACCAGAAGCAAGAGAUGGUUUCUGCUGCCUCUUCAUCAAACUUUGUUUCUGAAGUGUCUAAAGUGUCACCAGUCCCUGUACCGCCUGUACCUUCUGUUAUGCCUCUUCAAGUGGAGAAGGUUUCUUUGCCUCCUGCAGUGUUGGCCAACGGAGGGAAUGUUUCCUUCUCUAUGCCAGAAGCGUGUUUAGAUUGUGGAGACGGAGAUAUAAUUAUUGGGGAAGAACUUGAUGAAUUACUUGAUUCUGUGCCUGAUCCAGAUGAAAGUGUAAUGCAAACUACAGGAGCCAGAGGACCUCUUCCUGCAGGAAGCGUAGCUACUACUGUACCUUUCUCUGCCUCUUUGUUGGGGACGCUACCAGUUAGUGCAGGAUUUGUUCCUUCACCUUCUCUUUCAGAAAUCUUUUCACAGCCUUUGGCUUCUUCACUGGAAAAUUUUUGUUCACCCUUAAGCACCUUUUCAAUCAGUGACCCAAAAAGAGACCUGUCAAGUUCAACUUCUAGAGAUGGAACACCAGCUCUAAGCAGCAAUAAUUCCCCAUUGUUUAUAAAUGGCCCUAGUAGUUUGUUCGGGUCAGAAAAUUACAUGGGAAUUGCAGGCCAAACCAGAAAUGACUUUUCAAAUGUUUUUAGCAGUGCCACUGCUAAUAUACCUGUAUCUUCAGCACUUGCGGGAAGAAACCCAUUAGAAGGCACGCAUGAGCUAAGACAGGCCUGCCAGUUAUGUUUUGUCAAAAAAGGUCCUAAAUUAUUGGAUUACGCUUACCAUCCCAGUUUAGAGCAUAAAUGUAAGAAGGAUAUUCUAAUCGGCAGAAUAAAAAACUCUGAAGAUAAAUCAUGGAAAAAAAUACGGCCAAGACCAACAAAGACACAGUAUGUGGGACCAUAUUAUAUAUGUAAAGAUGUUGCUGCUGAAGAGGAAUGCAGAUAUCCCGGCCAUUGCACGUUCGCGUAUUGCCAAGAGGAGAUCGAUGUGUGGACGCUGGAGCGCAAAGGGGCCUUUAGUCGAGAAGCUCUUUUUGGAGGAAAUGGAAAGAUCAACUUGACUGUCUCCCGACUCCUUCAAGAACAUCAUGGAUUAUUUAUGUUUCUUUGUGAGAAAUGUUUUGAUCAUAAACCCAGAAUAAUAAGCAAGAGGAACAAGGAUAACUCCUCUUCCUGUUCUCACCCUGCUAUGCAUGACUUCGAAGAUAAUAAGUGCCUUGUCCACAGUUUGCGAGAAACUAUGGUGAAAUAUUCCAAAAUUCGCCCUUUUCAAGUUCGGUGUCAGCUUGACCUGUGCAGACAUGAGGUGCAUUAUGGCUGCUUACGAGAGGAUAAAUGCUUAUAUGCUCACAGCCUGGUGGAGCUUAAAGUCUGGAUAAUGCAAAAGGAAACAGGUAUUUCACAUGAUACUAUUGUUCAAGAAUCAAAGAAAUACUGGCAGAACAUGGAGGCUAGUGCACAUAGAUCACAGAUCCUUGGGAACCAAAUGAAAUAUGGGUCACUUAAUCUGAAGAUGAAGUUUGUUUGUGGUCAGUGCUGGAGAAACGGACAAGUUAAUGAGCCAGACAGAAACAAAAAGUACUGUAGUGCAAAGGCAAGACACCCAUGGACCAAAGAUCGCCGUGUGGUGCUCGUAAUGUCUAACGAACGUAAGAAGUGGAUGACCAUUCGUCCUCUUCCUGCAAAGAAACAAGUGCCUCUGCAAUUUGAUUUGUGCAAUCAUAUUGCUUCAGGCAAGAAAUGUCAAUAUGAUGGAAACUGCUCAUUUGCUCACAGUCCUGAGGAAAGAGAGAUGUGGACCUAUAUGAAGGAGAACAGCAUUCAAGACUUGGAGCAGUUGUAUGACAUAUGGCUAAAAAGUCAAAAAACUGAAAAAGGAGACGAUACAGCUGCUCAGGCAAACAAAGAAAAUGGGAAGCAAAUUCACAUGCCGACUGACUAUGCCGAAGUUACAGUGGAUUUUCACUGUUGGAUGUGUGGGAAGAACUGUAAUAGUGAGAAGCAGUGGCAGGGUCACAUUUCUUCUGAAAAGCAUAAAGAGAAGGUUUUCCACACCGAGGACGACCAAAACUGCUGGCAGUAUCGCUUUCCAACCGGAUAUUUUAGCAUUUGUGAUAGAUAUAUGGCUGGUACUUGUACUGAAGGAAACAACUGUAAAUUUGCCCAUGGAAAUGCUGAACUCCGGGAAUGGGAAGAACGACGACAAGUUUUAAGAAUGAAGCUCAGCAAAGCAAGAAAAGACCACUUGAUUGCUCCCAGUGAUAAUGACUUUGGAAAAUAUAGUUUUUUGUUUAAAGAUUUAAACUAAUACUGAGAUGACACAUACAUGUUAUCAGCUGGAAGCAUAAACCAGAAAAUUUGACAAUAAUCAAAAGCAUGUGACAGAAAAGCUGCAGGUUUUCUGCUUUUAUUGGCGUAUAUUGUUCCUCCUGAACAGCAAAAUAUAGUAGAUUUAGGGGGAUUGAGCAGACCUGUCGGUGCUCUCAUGAAACAGAGUGGUGAUUAAAAAAAUCUGAAGUAUUACAUGCUUACUCACCUUCUGUUGGACAGAAAGUUAGGAAAUAGAAGUGGGGGAAGAGGGGUUGUAAUAUCUAGGAAGCCCCCUAGUACCAGUCCUUCAGCUGAAAAACUUUAAGGUUUCAAGGUUUUAUAAAACAGUGUGUUACGGGCUACGAAGAAAAUGACAGAUGAAAAUUCUUCAGAUCUUUUAAUGGAGAGGAUUUGUUUAAAACAAAGUUUGCUACUUAUCUA